AGCUACACGUUGCUAACAGACGUUGACGCAGAUUUUAUACUGAAUGUAAUGUGUUAAAGAGACUUUUAAAACACAUAGGCUACAAAGACUUAGUUUAUCCUUGGAGGGUGAUCUAUCCGUGCUUUUAUUCGUUAAACCGUGUUUUUGUUGCCUCCCGUUCUUUGUUCGUAGCUUUUUAUACCACGUUGCUGAUCGGUAAACACAAGUAAAGGCAUUAAAGGGAGAUUAGUGUGUUUAACGGCAGUGUUUUAUCAAGGAGAAGAAAGACUGAAGAACCAGGACGAAGAGGAGAGAGAGGUAACAUCCUUCAGAGUGUGUGUCUAGACACAGCCGGAGAAGGAGCACUGAGAGCAGCAUGGAGGAGAACAAAAAGACCCCUGGAGCUCAGAGACACAGCCGGAGAAGGAGCACUGAGAGCAGCAUGGAGGAGAACAAAAAGACCCCUGGAGCUCAGAAACCGAAAGGAAGAGAGAGACGUCACAGCUGUCAGCAAUGUGACAAAUCCUUUACAAAAUCUGGAAAUUUCAAGCGCCACCUGCUUAUUCAUACUGGAGAAAAACCGUACAGCUGUGAAGAGUGUGGCCAAACGUUCACUAGAUCAGGUGAUCUCAAAAAACAUUGCCGUAUUCACACAGGAGAAAAACCAUACAGCUGUGAAGAGUGUGGGAAAACAUUCACUGGAUCAGGUGCUCUUAAAACACAUCAACGUAUUCACACAGGAGAAAAACCAUACAGCUGUGAAGAGUGUGGGAAAACAUUCACUGGAUCAGGUGCUCUUAAAACACAUCAACGUAUUCACACGGGAGAAAAGCCGUACAGCUGUGAAGAGUGUGGGAAAACGCUCACUACAUCAGUUGAUCUCAAAAUACAUUGCCGUAUUCACACAGGAGAGAAACCGUACAGCUGUGAAGAUUGUGGGAAAACGUUCACUACAUCAGGUGUUUUCAAAAGACAUUGCCGUAUUCACUCAGGAGAAAAACCAUACAGCUGUGAAGAGUGUGGGAAAACAUUUAUUGGAUCAGGUAAUCUCCUAACACAUAAACGUAUUCACACAGGAGAAAAACGGUACAGCUGUGAAGAGUGUGGGAAAACAUUCACUGGAUCAGGUCAUCUCAAAACACAUCUACGUAUUCACACAGGAGUGAAACCUUACAGCUGUGAAGAUUGUGGGAAAACGUUCACUACAUCAGGUGUUUUCAAAACACAUCAACGUGUUCACUCAGGAGAAAAGCCAUACAGCUGUGAAGAGUGUGGGCAAACGUUCACUCAAUCAGGUCAUCUCAAAACACAUAAACGUAUUCACACAGGAGAAAAACCAUACAGCUGUGAAGAGUGUGGGAAAACAUUUAUUGGAUCAGGUAAUCUCAAAACACAUCUAGUAUUCACACAGGAGAGAAACCUUACAGCUGUGAAGAGUGUGGGCAAACGUUCACGAGAUCAGGUGCUCUCAAAACACAUCAACGUGUUCACACUGGAGAGAAACGGUACUGGUGUGAAGAGAUGCUGUUUUCACCCUAACCCGUCAUGUAUUUUCCUAAAUAUGACUAACAGUUUUUUAUUUUCUAACCAUCGUUCACACUAUGCCAAAACAAGGCCACAGCGAUGCUGUUUCUCCCGAUUUAAUUAAAAUCAUUGUUCUACUAUGCUGUGUUUCAACCAUGGUUUUCUAAUAGUCUUGUUAUUCCUUUUAUAACAUAUUAUAUGUCCAGGAUUAAACUGCUAGCCUCGUUAAGUUGCAUCGGGUAGUUUCUUGAAUAAUCAGUGAAUUAAGAGAUUAAUAAGCCCGAUCUGAGUUCAGGGAGUUAAAAGUAUAAAACUUGCCUGGCGACUCUGUGAAUUCACUACAUACAAAAGUGGAGGUUUCCAUGUUUUGUUAGGCCGUAAUAUAAUGUAGAGCCUGUGAUAAAGCGCUAAAUGUUUUGGUAUACCAUAGUUUGUUGUUAAUUGUUCAAGGAAGCCCCCUUCUCCUGAAAAGGCUGAGAGCUCCAGCCGGGGUGUGUCUGUAUUUGUCUGUGAAAGUAUUUCCCCCUCUUUCUGAGUCUGUAAAAGAGGAGACCCUUUGUUUUAUCAGCCGUGAGAGCAGCAGUGUGUCUGUUUGCUCUUUUCUCUGAUGCCUGAAAAAAGGAGUGAGUUUAAAAAAGGAGUGAAAGAUCAAUGAGUGAUCUGAAGUUGGAGUGAAUACAUUGAAAAUUAAUAGAUCAAUGUGUGAUUUGAUGUAGUAGAUAUAUUG